AUGGGCGCCUAUCUCUAUGGGUGCCUAUCUCUAUGGGCGCCUAUCUCUAUGGGCGCCUAUCUCUAUGGGCGCCUAUCUCUAUGGGCGCCUAUCUUUAUGGGCGCCUGUCUCUAUGGGCGCCUAUCUCUAUGGGCGCCUGUCUCUAGGGGUGCCUAUCCCUAUGGGCGCCUAUCUCUAGGGGCGCCUAUCUCUAGAGCGCCUAUCUCUAGGGGCGCAUAUCUCUAUGGGCGCCAAUCUCUAAGGGCACCUAUCUCUAUGGGCGCCUAUCUCUAUGGGCGCCUAUCUCUAGGGGCGGCUAUCUCUAUGGGCGCCUAUCUCUAUGGGCGCCUAUCUGGGCGCCUAUCUCUAGGGGCGCCUAUCUCUAGGGGCGCAUAUCUCUAUGGGCGCCUAUCUCUAGGGGCGCCUAUCUCUAUGGGCGCCUAUCUCUAUGGGCGCCUAUCUCUAUGGGCGCCUAUCUCUAUGGGCGCCUAUCUCUAUGGGCGCCUAUCUCUAUGGGCGCCUAUCUCUAUGGGCGCCUAUCUCUUUGGGCGCCUAUCCCUAUGGGCGCCUAUCUCUAUGGGCGCCUAUCUCUAG